CGACUCAGCUUACCGAGCCUGCAAACACAACUCGUGCUGCGUAUGUGUAGGCUCCACGCGUACAUUUAGCUGUAUCACCAGAGACGAAGACGUCCGCUCUGUGGCCAACCGGCCGGUGGAGUGUCUCUGGUUCCGUUGCCAUGGAUUUCUUCAAAUCCGUCUUCUCCGCCGAUCCGACCUCCCCCCGGCAGAAGAAUUCUCGGCCGGAAUCCCCCCACCACUCACCGGACGGCGAUGAACGAGGCAGCUUCGGCGGCAGCGGCGAGACGGGCGGUUGGAGCUUUGGAGGGUUCGUGAAGACCUUCGCCACCAAGUCCGAAUCGGUGAUCCGGACCUACCGCCGGGACCUCGAGGAGUUCGGAUCCGGCAUCAAGAAGGAGACGGCGUUCCUCGGGGAUGCCACCGCCCGCGCGGUCCUCGACCUCCCGGGCUCCCUCGAUGCGGGUGCCUCCGUCGCUCAGGAGUCCCUGGAGUCCGUCGGCCGGAUCGUCGACGACAUCGGCGGUUCGGUGUGGCGGGGCACGGCCGAGAUCAUCUCCCGGGGUAAGGAAGCGAUCAUGUCGAUGGAGGCCGAGGACAGUAGAACCGACCAGUACCCGUUCGAUCACGGGCCCCAGAAUGGGUCUCCUUCUUCGAGAAGGUACAACCGGUUCGAGGCGCAGCUGCUUGCGAUCCAGUUCGAUGUGAAUACGUUCUCGGAGGAGCCGGAGGAUGCCCAGGAUUUCAAAAAUUGGAGAUUAGGAUUUGAUUUGGCCGAGAAAGAGGAUGAAAUUGAGAGGCUGUGCUAUGAGAAUGGGUCGUUGGAGGGAUUUCUUGAGAAGCUGGUGCCUCGAUUGGUGGAUUACGAGACAUUCUGGUGCCGGUAUUACUAUCGUGUCCAUAAGCUCAAGCAAGCGGAGGAUGCAAGGGCAAAGCUAGUGAAAAGGGUGAUUUCAGGGGAAGAAGAGGAGGAUUUGAGUUGGGAGGUAGACGAUGAGGAAGAGGAUGAAGAAGUUGAGAAGGAUGACGAGAAAGAAGAAAUUUUGACAGAGAAUAAAGAAGUACAGGAAGAAGGAAAAAAGGAUGAGAUUGCCAAGGUGGUGCAGAAGGAAGACAUGAAUUUUGAGUCUGUCAUCAUGGAGAAACAUGCUGAGGUUUCUCGGGUCGAGAAUUUGGAAACUUCGACAGCUAACAUUGACGAGGGAGUGAGUACCGAUCCAGGAAAGGCAGAAAAUCCCGAAAUUAUUUGCAAGGAGGAGAUGAACUCAAAGUCGGAUGAUGAAACAGAUGGUAAGGCAGUGCAAAAAGGGAAGACGGAUGAUGUAGGGUUGUGCAAGGAUAGCAGCUCUUCAAUUGUCUCAAGCCAGCAUUCUGUGCAGGAGGAAGAUGAUCUCGAGUGGGAUGAAAUCGAGGAUCUCGAUGAACAUGAUGAGAAAAAAUCUGGUGACAAGAGUGUAAACCCUCUUCGGGAGGAUUUGCGCAAGAGACUCAGUGUCGUUGAGGAUGAUGAGGAUCUUAGUUGGGAUAUUGAAGAUGAUGAUGUGUCUACAAAAUCUUGAUCGAACGCAACCUCAGUUCCUGGAAAACAAGAACAAUCUACAUCAGGUUUUGGUAUGUUGCUUUUCAUCCUAUUUUCUUCAAAGAGCUUGUGGAUGCUCAGAUUCUGACUAUCGAUAAAUUGUAUGUUUCACCAUUUUCAUCAUAUUUUGGCUGCUUAAUAGUUAAAAGUUAAAACUGUUUCUUUUUGGUGCCAUCUUGCCUGAUAAAUUAAUGCUUCACCAUUUACAGCAUCUUCUAGGAACAUUACAAUUUAUCUGAUCUGUAUGCACUGUGAGGUGUCAUCUAGGACCAACGAACUAAAUCUCGCUCCAAUGCAGGUCUUAGGAAUCUAGAAACUGGUACAGUAACGGUAUGUGAUAUAUCAGACGGUAUAUACUGAUUUUUUAUUAAAUAAAUUAAUAAAUAUAAAAAUGAAGUAUUGUGUAGAUAUCAAGCUACAUAAUUCAAUACCAGUACUUAGUUGGAUAGGUAAAUACUAGUCUGUAUCGACCGAUCUAGUUACUUUUUUAAACCUUGUUUUAGACAUAAUAAAAAUGAGAUGGAAUUAAUACAGAUUUAUGGGUCUAAAUUAGACAUCAAAAUUGCAUAUGUUUAGCAGAUUGUAUGUUAAUGCUUUACUUUGAACAAAGCUCUAGUUUUCUAUAUUUUAUGCUCUUGAAUCCAAAUGAAACCAAGCAUGUCAGCUUGCAUACCGUGUAUAUUCUGAGGUGUUACAAUUUUUUAGUUAUUAAAGAGUUCUGAAUGCCAUCUCCGAGUGCAAUAGUUGAAGACACAACUUUGAGAAAGAAAACUGCAAAUAGUGUUCAUUCUUUUCUAUAAUAAGUUAAUUAGGUAGUUAAGCCAAGUUAUGUAGUACGCCAAAAACCUGUGAUCUUACUAAUCAAGUCUUGUUUUUUAGCUUCAGAUGUGAAGUACAAUGAAGCCUAGUAGAUGGCCAGUUUCUGGGGAACCAAGUCCGAAGAUAAGAACAGGAACUCCACUUCAAAACCAGAGGAGAAGAAAAAGGAGGACACUUCGCCUUUGUAGUUGCCAGUGAAUGCUUUUUUGUGGUUUAGGUGGCAACGCAUGUCACAUAUGUUUCUGUAUCUAUUUGUAUCACUUGUCUGAUGAGUAAGCUUAAGCUUAUAACACAAUUGUUAAUUACCAACUGUUGUUCAAACGUUUCAACAGUAUUAUUUUAUUUAAUGUUUAACUAAUCUUUUAUCAAAGAUGAAUAAAAUACUUAUUGUCUUUUAGGAACCCAA